UUACGACAAUCCAAUUCAGAAUGGCAAACACAAAACAGACAAAAAGAAAGAAAAUUGAAACCCUUUGUCCCUUAUGCAAGCACAUGAUAGAUGAAGAUAAGUUUGUAGAACACCUAUUGUUGUGCAAGAAGAAAAGCUUCUGCUGUGUGCUGUGUAAAUUGUUCUUCAAGAAAGAAACCUAUCUGAACAAACACAAGAAAAGAGUACAUGGGUCAACCAGUGAUGCUUUUCCUGGAGGUAGCAAUAUUGAACAAGAAAGUGGAGGUAAGAGUUGUGAUAUUCUCACAGACACUGUGCCAAAGAAUAUGCAAGACAAUAAAAGUGGUCUUGAACAAGAGAGUGGGGAUAAGAGAUGUAAUGUUUCCAGAAACAUUGUGCCAGAGGAUAAACAAGACGAUGACAGCAGUAGUAAUUCCGACUGGGAUCAAGACCCAGAUAUUGAAAUAGACGUUGAAACAUGCGAGAAACAGGAACAAAGUCAAAACACUGCAAAGAAUGAUAAGGCCGGCGAGAAUAAAGAUUCUAGACUUGUAAAUGACAAAAGAGUUGGUAGGAUAUACAGAAAGAGGACGAAUCCAAAUCCAGUUAUUGCUCCUGUAAAAGUAAUGAAAGUGACAGAAGAAAAAGCUGUAGUAAAUACACAAAGUGUAGAUCAGAACGAAAUGUCCGGAGACUUGUCAGAUAAUGACAACAUAGAGCUGUCUGACAGAGAAGAUAGAAAUGAACUUCCAGAAAACCAGGGUACAGAAGAUAGUUCAGUAAAGAAAGAAAAGGAUGGGGGUCAAGAUGAUGGUGUAACCGUACAACAUAGUAACAAAGUCGAAGAAGGCUGCAGUGUAAAAUAUGACUUAGAAAAAGAGAAACUCGAGAUUGAGAAACGUAAACUAGAUCUAGAAAUAGCAAAGUUCGAGUACAAGAAGAGCCUUUUAGAUAAGAUAACAGACUUAGCAUCUAGAAUAUAAGAGAACUGUGUGUAUUGAUACUGUAUAAGACAGUCUUAAUAAGUGUUUACAUUUCUUUGUGUGCUUUCGACAAGCAAUAAGCUUGCAUAUUUUAUUACGAGAAACGUAAUAAAAAUAUUUUGUUUUUGAAAGGUGUUUUGUUUUAUCCAUGCGGGACGCAUGACCUUCGGAGGCAUGGGUAAUGUAACGAAUAUACUACGGUAGUUCAGUCCAGGAGUAGUAUAAUAAUUAGCUUAGGUAGUUGCAUAGUUGUUUCCCUUUAAUUCUGCAACGCCAUUUGUACUAAAUUACGACAAUCCAAUUCAGGUGGGUAGUUUCACGUUUUGUGGCCAAAAUAUAUAAUCAUUCCUAUAAAUAUUGGUUUUAUUUAUAUCAGAAAUGACAACAUGUAACUUAAGUCAGGUUAGAAUUUGUAUAUACAUUGUAUUUCUGGUGAUACAGGUUCAAAUAGCUAGACGCUAUAUAACGUAAGAAUAACAGACGCUCAUUACUUGAAAUGGUAAGAUAUUAGCCUAUCAGAAUAAAACACUAGAGGGCGCUACAGACAGUCGUUGUAACCACCAGAGGGCGCUACGGAUAGUCGUUAUAAAGUGAGUAUCACUGAAUAUUAAUUCAUUGUUGUGUUGAAUUUCG